GUUUCUUGUGCUUGCAGAUCCAUCCAUUAAGAGAAUCCAUAUCCAGAUCUGCAAGUGGUGUGAUCUGGAUAUCCUUGAAAUGGCUAUGGGCUCUUGCAUGAACUGGCUGAAAUGGCCGAAGUUUUCUCAAAUCGCGGACCAUCCCUUGCUCGUCUGCUUCCGAACUCACAGUGGAAUGGUGAGAAGAGUUGUAUGCUUCUGGUUACGAAAACUUGUGAAACAGAUUAAUCUGCUGGAACUAAGCUAUACAGGCAGAGAUGGCAUUGGUGUACUACCCACAGGCUACGGGAAGUCGGUAAUAUUUCACAUUCUACCAGCCAUGUAUGACUUCAAGCGAGGCCUCACAAAUGAUAGUAUUAUUAUUGUUGUGUCGCCCCUCUAUUCUCUCAUCAAUGACCAACUUGGAAUUCUCAAGAAUCGAAAGAUCAAAGCAGGGGUGCUAGCGAAGGCUAGCAAAAAAUUCGAAUUAAAUGCUGUAAUUGAAAAUUGUGAGUACUUUAGGUCCAGCAAAGAGAUUUGUGAGAGCCUAACAAUCUGGGACGAAGAACAUUCUGUUGCUAUAAUGGAUAUUAUCAAUGAACUUUUUGAAAAUUGAAAACACUAUCACCCAUUUUAAUCUUGUUAAAAACCAAGUGUUAAAACUCCAAACAUGUGCUUUGUAUUAAAAAAAAAUCAAUGCAGUCCAAGAUUUUCUAGAAAUAAGUCAAAGAAUAGUACAUUAAUUAAGCAGAGCUUAUGAUAUGAUGUACAAUAAAGAUCAUUGUUUUAUAUUGUA